AUUUACACGACGUCUUCGUACCCCACCUUUAAAGGUACGCGCAACAAGUACCCCGGUUUGCAAAUCAACAAUCCUUCGACAGCACACAUUUGUUUGAUCGACUCUAAAUCAACGUUCACAUACAAUCUCGCAAUCAUGGCCAAACUCGACAUCUUCAUGCCGUCUUUGAAGCUCAAUGACGGAACGUCAAUGCCCAUGCUUGGAUAUGGAACGGGUACCGCCUGGUACAAAACAGGUGAUGAGAGCAAGAUUGAUCAGGCGUGCAUUGAUGCAGUCAAGACAGCGAUAGGCCUCGGAUACACGCACUUGGACGGAGCUGAAAUUUACAAGACCGAAACUGAGCUUGGUACCGCCAUCAAGGACGGCGGCGUGCCACGGGAGAAGCUGUACAUUGUUACGAAGAACCCGGGAAACACCGACAUCGAAGGCUCUUUGAGGGGAAGCUUGAAGAAGCUGCAAGUAGACCAAGUUGACUUAUACCUGGUCCAUCAGCCUUUUCCGUAUGAAACCGAGGGAGCGCUGCAAAAAGUGUGGGCAGACAUGGAAGCAGUCCAGCAAGCCGGCCUGACCAAGUCAAUCGGUGUUUCCAACUUCCAGCCCCAACAUCUGAACGCAAUUCUUAAAACGGCCAAGGUCAUUCCUGCCUGCAACCAGAUCGAGUUCCAUCCUUACCUUCAACACCCCGAGCUCCUGGAAUUGCACAAGAAGCACGGCAUCGCGACUACUGCAUACGGACCGCUAUCCGCGGUUACGAAAGCGAAGCCCGGACCCUUAGACGACUACUUCGCUGCUCUGACGAAGAAGUAUGCUGUCAGCGAGGCUGAGAUCUCCUUGAGAUGGUGCAUUGAUCAGGAUGUUGUGCCGAUUACGACCAGCAGCAAGGAACAGCGUCUGAGUGAUUACUUGAGGUGUGCGACGUUCAAGCUGACGCCUGUGGAGGUCAAGAAGAUCAAUGAGUUGGGACAGACCAAGCACUUCAGGGGCUUCUGGACUCAUAUAAUUGGCGAGAAUGACAGGACGUAGUUGUACCGCAUAUGGAGGCCGACACCUGGAAACUGUAGUCUGCGUAGACUGAAAAUAAGCAUAUCAUGAUGAUGGUUGAU